GAACUGCGUUUUGCCGGACACCUUAUGACAUCAUUCAUCCGUGGCGGUGCCUUCUCUCUCCAACGUCAACAUCUAUCCCCGGUCCUUGUCGAAGAUAAAAAAUGGAGAUGAGAUGGAGCCUGCUCAGGCUGGGUCCCCCUGCGUCCUGUACUCUUACUUUCUCCUCAGUGCCUAAUGCGGGAAAGCAGGGCACCAGAUCGUCCUCUCCAUUCUCGUCAACAUCCACUUCAGAGUUGCGACUUUGGGGAGGCGAUAUUCAGCUUGAGUUCUGUCAACCCUUGUCCCAUGCUCACCAUGUUUUCUUCAAAUGGUCACAAGGCCGACCCCACGAGGGCUUCAUCCCGUGCAUGCCCAUGACGACAACGAUGGCUGGCUUGUACACGGGAGGUGUAUACCAGCUCGGCGGCAUGUGGUUUCUCCCGUCAAACCUGUGCUCCGGAACGAACUACCGAACCAUGCCCAGGGUCGAUACCAAGGGUGUGGAAAACAUGAUCGACAAUCAGGAACAGACAAGCGAAGCCUUGUUCUCGACCCCCAGAGUGACAUACAGAUGUCUCUUGGGAUGCUGGCGUCAUCCUGUCAUGCACUUUUGGGGUACCUAG